AUGUUUUUACCAAGGCAAGUAAAUAUUCGCAAUAAACCAGCAAAAACUCAUAUAUCGAAGCAUACACCCACGGAUAAGGAAAAUGAAAACACAAGUAGUUCUACCUCAGCUUCUUUAAAUAGCAUUACAAUACCGGGUCCUGAGGAUGUGAACAAUUUAAAGCCAGAGUUUGUUCGAGCAGUAGAAUGUAUGAUUGAGAUACUAUUCUAUAAAGAAAAAGAAAAAGAAAAAUUUCAUUUGAGUUACUUAAUUAACAAACAAGAAUUAUGGCAAGGGUUGAGAAUGUCGCCCACUCAAGCUAAUCUAAAACAAUGUGUUAAAACUAUGAAAAAUGAGCUUUUUACCUUCGAUGAAGGUUCGCACUUCAUUAUAAAAAACGAGAAUAAGUUUGAUUUCAAUUUGGAUUUAUUCGAACGAAUAGUAUAUGUGGAACCAUUUCCAGCAACUGUAUCCAACAAGCCGUUUUUGCUCGCCGGGCUGUUACGAGAAUGCUUUUCUGGGUUUCUUCCCUACCUUGAUGUUAUCCCUACUCCUGAAGGAUAUGCUUUUGUAGUCUUGGCUCAAUCUAUAUCCCAGGAAACUCUGACAUCUCUUGUUGUUCCUCAAGGUUGGAAGCUACUGUCGAGAGAGGAAUGGACCAAAAGGGAAGAAAUGUACAUGGAAUAUCAAAACAACUCUUUGAAAUACCCUAAAAGGACAUAUUUUACGGUGCCUAGCUUGCAGAAAAAUCAAAAUCAGGCAGUUUUAUCCUCACCCACAAAUCAAGAACAUCAUAAACACCCAUUGGAAGCAUUGGAGGAUUCUAGUGAAGAAUCAAAAAGUAAGAUUCCGAAAAAUGAAGGAGAAUUUCCGCGAGGGCACCUAACAAGGCUUACUAACCUGCAUCGAUUAACAAAUAAAAGCACCAUUCAAAGCUUACUACAUUAUGUUUUCUCCCGUCAAGACCCCACAGCAAUAUGUGAACCAAUGUACAUUGACUAUCGAAAGGACGAAACAGAAGCCAUAGUGAGAUGGAAAUCAUCUGAGCAAGCAAGCUUAUGUGUAGAUUGCUUCUCAAACCAGCGUAGGAAACAAGACGCUCAUGAUGAUAUUCGUGCACAUCGGAAACAUGAUAAAACUGGCCCAUUCAUUUCCGCUGAAUUAAUUGAAGGAUUUGAAGAAGAGUCCUACUGGAAUCAAAUUCAAAGAAAAUUAAAAAAAUAA